AUGGCGCAAGAAAUUCCACUCCGUUCUGUUGUUGAUGAGUUCAAAUCCGAUUCAAUUAAUGCAUUGAUGUUUGUUCGAGCUACUGAUUUUAUUGGUGCUGAAACAAUUGUCGUUAAUAAUGAAAUUCCUUUAUAUUCAUCUGAUAUUGUUAGUCACAAUCCUUAUUCCGAAGAGUAUGCACUAAAUGAGAAGAAUUUCAACAAGUGGAUAACCAAUUCCACUGUCGGUAUUGACGAAAUCAAUGCCAUUAAAGAACAAUUCUUGGAUAAUGCUGAUCUUGAGAAUGAAGAAGAGAACUACGUUUAUCAGUGGCUUAAAGGAAUUGACAAUGAUACUAAAAUGAAAACGGAUACAGUCGCAUUAAUGGCUCCAAAUGUUGAAAAGCCCGAUACUAUCAUAGAGUCUGAAAACCUGUCAUUGUGUGAUGAAGAUGGUAUCGAUGAAUAUAUGCGUUAUGAAAAUUAUCUGCGAAAAUACUAUUGGUUUGUAAAAUCAACCUUGUCAUUGAUCGGUACUUACAAUGUCGAAAUGUCCGCGAUUAAUAAUUCGGAAAUUGUCAAAUUAUAUUAUGAUUCUGUAAACGGAUGGUAUUUUGUUUAUGAAUCUUUUAGAGUAUUUAAUCAUAAGCGUAAAUUCAAUUCAAUGGCAGCAAUUAAUUAUUCUAAGUUUCAAGUUCCAGAAGUGAUAAUGAAAGAAAUUGUUCCAGGUGGUGGAAAAACUAGUAGUAUUAUGACCGCCGCUGAUGCAUUAGUUGACCAUAAAAAAUUCUGA